AUGACCGCACUCGGUUAUGAAAUUGAUAUCGCGGCUGACGAACCUGAGGAUAUGAUAGUUGAUGAAGAUGAAGCGGAAAGUAAACCUGCCGUAAAGCGAAAAGGACGUGGUUUUAAAAGUGAAACUAGAGACGCUCGGGGUGAUGGAGUUCGUUCUACCGAUAAAUAUGAUCAAUUUGAAUCAACAACUGAGGAGGAUGCAGCGGCUGGACGUGCUCAAAGAUCUGUCGAAGGUUGGAUCGUUCUAGUAAGUGGACUUCACGAAGAGUCGACAGAAGAAGAAAUUACUGAUAAAUUCGCUGACUUUGGCGAGAUAAAAAAUAUACAUCUAAAUCUGGAUCGUCGGACGGGUUUCGUAAAGGGUUAUGCUCUUGUCGAAUACGAGACAUACAAAGAAGCAAAAAAUGCAAUUGAAGCAGUUAAUGGUCAAAAACUUUAUGGUCAAGUUCUGCAUUGCGAUUUCGCUUUCAUACGACCACCGACACCAGUCUUAGCUUCGGAAAGGGAUCGAGAUAGGAACAUAAGAAGUAGAGUCCGUCGACGUAAUAGAUCCAGUAGUCCAAGAAGAUAUUAA